AACAAAAGCCCAGAUUCCUCUCCAAACAGGUCCUAUCCUUUUUUUUUUCCUCUCUCCUUCUCUCUUGCUACCUGUUGUUUUCUCUCACUAUAGAGACCCCAUCUCUAGAAAGACAAAGGAGGAGGAGGAGGACAAGCAAAGCUACCAGACCCUAAAGAUUGACCUGAGAUUGCACAGGAGAAAUUGCAAGAUGGCCGAUGGAUCCUAGCUACAAGUUCUGUUGCUGCCCUAGUUUUGUGCUCAAGCAUGAUGGGUGGAGGAGAAUUCAAGAGCUCGUUGGUGCAGCAGAUGAUGUGGAGUGGUACAGACAUCAAGAAUAUGAUGAGUAGCUUGAUGCCUUGUGCUGAGGAGGCCUCCCCCAAGAUGCCUCCCUUAUCUUCUCCUUCCAUCCUCCUCCCCCAGCAGCUCCUUCAAAUCUCUUCUGAUCUUUCUCCUGAGGUGAACAGCGCUCCUACUUCUCUUGCAAGUGACCUGUAUGCUGGGCAGGCGAGCAACAUGCCAGAAUCAUGGAGCCAGCUACUUCUUGGGGGAUUAGUAGGAGAUCACGAGAGAUACAGCGCUGCCACGGCUCUACUGUCAAAAGAAUUAGAGGAGGGACCUAUGCCUCAGGCUGCAGCAGCUUACAAUUUCUAUGGCCAUGGUAGUGAGGAGAUCCAGACAUCGGGGACCAACAAGUCUCAGGUGAGCCAGAUGCUCUUGGCAUCUUCUCCUAGGUCAUGCAUCACCACAUGCCUCGGCAGCAACAUGCUGGACUUCUCAAACAGCGCGGUGCCGGCUGCACCGGAGUUGAGGAAUCAUCACUCCGAUAACUCUUCUGAGGGUAACAGCAUCGCAACUGGUUCAGCUCCCAAGAAGGCUAGGGUUCAGACCUCUUCUUCAGCACAAUCUACUCUAAAGGUAAGAAAGGAGAGGCUUGGGGAUAGAAUAACAGCACUUCACCAGAUAGUAUCCCCAUAUGGCAAGACUGACACUGCCUCCGUACUACAGGAAACUAUUGGCUAUAUUAGAUUCCUCCUGAGUCAAAUUGAGGCUCUCAGCUACCCGUAUUUGGGCCACGGCGUAAACUGGAACGGGAACUCCAUGCAACAGCAGCAGCAAACUCUGCUAAACCAUAGCACAGCUGGCAAUGGCUCCACGGCAGAAGUAGCAGGGCAGACUGAGCAGCUGGCCGAAGAACAUGGCGGCGAGGGCAAGGAGUACUUGAGGAGCCGAGGGCUGUGCCUGGUGCCGGUGUCGUGCACGUCGCACCUGGCCGACGAUAACGGCGCCUCCGACUUCUGGGCGAUGGCGGCGGCGCCUCCGCCGGCGCUCGGCGGCAUCGUCUGGCGAUAGGAUCACGCAUCGUCUCAGGACCGGAUGCACGUACGCGUUGCUUUGCUCUACGCCGAUCCGUCGAUAUAUGGAUCAUCUGUGCCGUCCAUUGCAUGCCGUAAAUAUAUACUGCCAUUACACUUAGCAUACAUGCUUUUGUUGAUUGUUUGGUUGCUUGAUCAUUCAUGGAGCUAGCUGUAUACGUUUGUAUAGCCGUUCAGAUGGAACACAUAUAUAUCAUCAGGAGCCGUCAUUCUGUCGGAGCUGCAAGUGUGUAAGCAGCAAGGCUGAUUGCUCUUGAUGGUAUGCAUAUGUGUAUGCACACUUUAUAUUGGCCUAUGUAUGUAUGUGGGCUAUCAGACUGUUGAUGAUGAUUUAAUAAUUAAGGAUUUAUUAAAAAUACGAUAUAUUCUG